AUGGAAAAUGAACAAAUUCCAUUACAUAAACUUUUUCUGCCAGAUAUUAAAGAAUUAGAAAGUCAAUUUAAAGUUGAAUAUCCACAUGAAACUGAUGAGUAUGAUUGGUCAACUUCAGAAUUUAAAAUUUCACAAUUCCCAGAAUUUUUUGAAAUUAUGCAAAAUGAAUUAGAUACAUCUUAUGGUGGAGAUUUAAGAAAAGAAAAGGUAAAGUAUUAG